AUGAGCAUCUCCACCCGCGCAAGCAUUGCUUGCCACAUUGAAGUUUGUGAGGUCCUUGACAUUUCUGAGCUGGAGGGCAUGGGAAUCGUUGACACCCCUCUGGCCUUGAGAUGUGCGGCUGAAUUUAUUGGAACAUUUUUGCCAUUUUUUCCAGUUGGUUUCAAUGUCCUUUCCGGGGCUGCAAUAUUUGGUGGAUUGUCCUUGGCUACUUCGCUGAGUGUCCUGACUUAUGCUCUAGCUGGACUUUUGGGUGCAAACUUCUCACCCGCUGUCACAUUGGCGUUGUUUGUUAGCAAGAAACUGGGAGGGCCUGGAAUUGACGGAGCCAUUGCUUCAUCUUACGUUGCAGUACAGCUUCUUGGAGGUCUUGCCAGUGGCCUUUGCUUUGUGAAUAUUUUUGCAGACUCCUUCAGGUUGGGUCCUGGAGCUGGUUUCAGUUGGCUGGAUGCUUGCGCAUGUGAAUUCUUGUACUCAACGUUUCUUUGCUUUGUGGUGCUGAAUACAACAGCCGCGCGCACCUACAACUCAGAAGGGAACCAGUUCUACGGCCUUGCGAUUGGCGCAAUGGUGCUGGCUGCUUCAUAUGCUGCUGGACCAAUUUCUGGGGGACUCAUCAAUCCUGCCAUCACCAUCGGUGCUGACCUUGCUGGUGCUGGUGCUGGAUUUGGAAAGUCCCUCAUCUAUGCAGUCUUUCAGCUGCUUGGUGCUGCUUUUGCAGCCCUGCUGUUUAAAGCCGUGCGGCCAUUGGACUUCGACGAACAUGAGACACCACGAACAAGGCUCAUCAGCGAGAUGAUUGGCACUUUUGCCUUGGUGUUGACAGUUGGACUGGCAGUCUUGGCGAAAACCGCGCUCGCCGUGGUUGCCAUUGCAGGGUGUCUCAUCGCCAUGGUAUAUGCUCUGGGAGACGUGUCUGGAGCUCACUUCAAUCCUGCAGUCACUGUCGCCAUCCUGGUGUCCGGACAUGAUCCAGAGCUGACGCCCAAACGUGCUGGAUACUACGUUGGAGCGCAAUUACUGAGCGCCAUCUUUGCUGGAUUGUGUUUCUGCCUCCUUCACAAUGGCAACUCUUUUGCCGUUGCACCUGGUGAAGGAUUCAGCAUGGCAGCAGCUACAGUAGCGGAAAUGUUCUUCACUGGUCUGCUGGCAUUUGUGGUUCUGGGAGUGGCAGUGGCACCAAAGACCAAGAGCUCUCAGAUCUUUGGUGUAGCCAUAGGUUUCUGCAUCCUGAUUGGUGGCCUCUCUGUGGGCAAGGUCUCUGGGGCCUUCAUGAACCCGGCAGUGUCGGCGAAGAGCUUAGCAGCUUAG